AUGUAUAAUAGCUAGAAAUGGCUACAGCAAAACAAGAAGAGAAAAAUACGCUAACAGCCUCAAGACAAGAACUAGCUACUCUAAAGGAUCUUGAGAAGAGCUCAGAUAUUCAGAAGCUUAAUGUUUCUCAUAAUAAGUUAAUUAAUAUGAAAGGAAUAAGAAGUUUUUUUUCUGUGACGUGGCUAAAUUUAUCAUAUAAUAUGCUCGUAUCAAUUAGAGGCAUAGAACAUUUGAGAAAUUUAGUCGUAUUAAAUGCAAGUCAUAAUUCUUUAACAAGCUGUGAUGAUAUAAUGAAAUUAACAAAUCUAAAGGCCCUGAUAUUAAAUGAUAACCAAUUAACUAAACUACCUUCACUUUCUAUGCUAGUUGAUCUUAACACACUAAUAUUAUCUAAUAAUUUAUUUGAAUCAAUUGAUGUCACCUCAUUAUCCAAUCUCACCAAGUUAUCACUAUCAUUCAAUAAACUAGCUACAGCACCAAGCACAAAGGGCAACAGUUUAUUGUUAGAAUUAAGAUUAACUGGUAAUAAUAUCGCAUACAUACCUCAAGACAUACAGUAUAAUAAAAGACUUCAAAUUCUUGAUUUAGGACAGAAUUCCAUCAGUUGUGUGGAUUGCCUUAAAUCGCUGACCAACUUAAAGAACCUUAAUCUAAAGGGAAACCCAAUCACUGAAUACACAGAUAAGAUUAGACGCUGGUUGCCUCGGUUACAUGUAUUAGAUGGAUUUAAGUUAGGAAAACUAAUGAGAGAAGAAGCAGUUGCUGAGAUUAAACUAAAACCAGAAGAAGCAGCAGCCAUCACAACAAAAGUAACAGAAACUCGACCAGCUGUAAAUGAAGCAGCAUCAGAUGAUAGUGAAAUGAAGAAAGAGGCUAAGCCUAUUCUUGCAAAGAAGAGAAAGCGUGGUAGAUCUGGAGUAGUGUCCAUUGAAAAUGUAAAAAAGAAAAGAAAAACUACCAAAGAUAUUUUUAAUAUUGAAGAAAAUAAUCUCUUGUCUUGUGGGUGUGGCUAAGGCAGAGCAGAAACAAGAUGUCUACCAAUGAAGAGGAGGUUGGAGAAAUCCUUGAAUAUGACGAGUUGGAUGUUGAUGA